AGAAAAACAAAACCCAGAGGAAUCCAAAACCCUUUCCUUUUUGUAAACCCUGUCCGGCGAGGCGAGGCGAGGCGACGGACAAUGGUAUCUUCAUUAUUGUUAUCAUAUAGAUAUAGAAGAUACAUAUACAAUCAUGUUAUUCAUUUCCACAGAUCCCCCCCUAUUUCUACAGUAGCAGUGAGUUCGAUCGGGCAUAAAUUAAGGUUUUCGGCAUUUUAUUCCACACAUUUUGUUGGCGAUACUCCUGUCCUCGUUAGGGAUUUUAUACAUUCAGCAUUGUAUGAUCCAAAUCAUGGUUACUUUUUCCAAAGUCCUCGCUCUGUUGGCGUCCUCGAUAGGAGCAUUAACUUUCAUAAUCUUCAAGGAAGGAAAGCUUACAUGUCACACUUGGACAAAAUAUACAAGCAAAAUGAUGUUUCCUGGUUUACUCCAGUUGAGCUUUUCAAGCCUUGGUAUGCCCACGGAAUUGCUGAAGCAAUUUUGCGAACAACCAAUCUUUCUUUUCCACUAAAGAUCUAUGAAAUUGGAGGUGGAUCAGGAACUUGUGCAAAGGGCAUAAUGGAUUACAUAAUGUUGAAUGCACCCACUCGAGUUUAUAAUGAUAUGUCAUACACCUCUGUAGAAAUUAGUUCUUCGUUAGCCAAGAAACAGUUGGAGACUGUUGGGGAAGUUCGCAGUCACUUAUCAAAGUUCAAAGUAGAAUGCCGUGAUGCUGCUGAUCGUAGUGGAUGGGGGGAGGCAGAACAACAACCAUGCUGGGUUAUAAUGCUCGAGGUUCUUGAUAACCUUCCACAUGAUCUAAUUUAUUCAGAAAAUCAAGUUUCUCCAUGGAUGGAAGUUUGGGUAGAAAAGCAACAAGACAGCUCUAAAUUAUCUGAGUUGUAUAAGCCGAUGCAGGAUCCACUGAUCAAAAGCUGUUUGGAUAUCUUACAUGUGGACAAAGACUAUAGACCCCAGGAAGCUAGGGAGGCUUCGUUCCCUGGCAACAUCUGGGCUAAAGUCUUUCCUAAACCUAGACGAUGUUGGCUACCGACUGGUUGUUUGAAACUUCUAGAAGCAUUACACGGAGCCUUACCAAAGAUGUCAAUGAUUGCUUCUGACUUCAACUACCUUCCUGAUGUCAAAGUACCUGGUGACAGAGCUCCACUGGUUUCAACAAAGAAAGAUGGAAGCAGUUCAGACUACAGCACCUACCUGGAUGCCAAGGGUGAUGCAGAUAUAUUUUUCCCAACAGAUUUUUGGUUCUUGGAGCGUAUUGACCAUUACAGCUCUGGAUGGUUAAAAUCACGUAUAGAGUCUUUUGAGCGAUCAUCAAAACAAGGAAAGAAAAGGCGCACCAUAACACUGGAUACAUCGGUGUUUAUGGAAGAAUUUGGCCUGCCUACAAAGACAAGGACCAAAGAUGGAUACAACCCUCUUCUUGACGACUUUAUAAAUACUAAAUUUUACCUUAGCGUCCCAACUCACAAUACCAAAUAAAUAGUUUCAUUUACAACUCUAAAUAGUCGACUACAAAGAGAAAUGUUUCCGUGUACUGAAGUCCGAGAUACCUUGAUCUUGCAUAUCGUCAAAUCCUGUUGUGCUCUUCAUUUUGGGCUUUCAUUUCUCCGCCAGUUGGGUCCAAUAACUGUUGUAUCUUAGAGAUAUUAUGCACCCUUUAUGUAAUAAGACUAUACGAGUAACUAAGUAUUCAUAAUUCCAUAUUCAUUUACGCACAA